GGGUUUUUAGCUAAGCUGUGCCAUCAAUUAAUACGUGUUAGUAAUUAAAAAAUUUCUAGUUUAAAUGUUUUUCUUGUUGUUAUUGCAGUAAACGGCACUGCCGCUAGUAGUCGCUGUUUUGAUGUAAAUAGGGGUUUCAGCUGUUUUCCUGGUGACAGCAGGGGCAUGACAACGCCGACAGUUACGGCCCUUCUUCCAUUCAAGCUGUCUGUAAAACAUCGACAAAAAACACCGUCUGCCUUAGGACUUCUAGGUCUGUGUUUCGGGAAUUUAUGCUUUAUGUGCCACUGGGAGCAGAAGCAGCAUGGCAGAUGACAAAGAUGUGUUGAGAGACGUUUGGUUCGGCCGGAUCCCCACCUGCUUCACUCUGAACCAAGAUGAGGUCACUGAGAGAGAGGCCGAGCCCUACUAUCUGCUGUUACCCAGGGUGAGCUACCUGACCCUGGUUACAGACAAGGUAAAGAAACACUUCCUCAAACUGAUGAAGACUGAGGAUGUGGAGGAGAUGUGGUUCGAGUAUGAAGGAACACCACUGAAAUGGCACUAUCCAAUUGGAGUUCUGUUUGACCUCCAUGCCUCCAACACUGUCUUACCAUGGACCAUCACUGUGCACUUUAAGAACUUUCCAGAUCUUGACCUGCUCCACUGCCCGUCUAACUCUGUCAUCGAGGCUCACUUCAUGUCCAGCAUCAAGGAGGCUGAUGCCCUCAAGCACAAGAGCCAAGUCAUCAACGACAUGCAGAAGAAAGACCACAAACAGCUGUGGAUGGGCCUGCAGAACGAUAAGUUUGACCAGUUCUGGGCCAUAAACAGGAAGCUGAUGGAAUAUUCCACUGAGGAGGGAGGAUUCAGAUACAUCCCCUUCAGGAUAUAUCAGACCAUGAGCGACAGGCCAUUUAUCCAGAAACAGUUUCGCCCCGUUUCACCCGAAGGCAACGCGCACACACUUAGUGACCUGCUGAAAGAGAUGUACCCAGCUGCAAUACCAAAUGAGGGUGAGCAGAAGCGUUACCAGGUGGUGAUCCAUGGUAUCGAGCCACUGCUGGAGACUCCUCUGCAGUGGCUCAGCGAACACCUCAGCCAUCCCGACAAUUUCCUGCACAUCUGCAUCAUCCCUGUCCCCAGUGACUGAUUCCAGACCUACCCCGCCAUCGCUGUCACCGUGACAACUGAUCGACCGACCAGCCUGCCCACCAGCCAGCUAGAUGUCACCGGAGAUGGUGGCGCUUCACAGUGGAAACUCUUAGCUAACAGACUCUUGAAGGAGAUAACAAAUGAACAAAAGAUGUGAAGGAGGUAUUUAACAAACCUCCUCUUCCAUCUUAUUGUCUGUUUCUACUCGUUGUACCACAACUACUGCUCCUGUUUUCAUCCUCAAGUCCUAUAAACAGGUUGUCUGAGGGGAAAGCAUCUUUCUCUUCUGCUCCCAAAUGAAGAGACAUUUUUACUAGUAAAGGGAUCUCUAAUUUUCUUCUCUGCUGUCUUGUAUCUUUACCUCCUCCUCCUCUAUUUUGCUCUGAACAAGCAAACAUCUCCACGGGAGGAGAGAAGGUGAACAGAUCCUUCAUUUUUUCUGCCCCGACUUGUCCAAGACAAAGACUGUUCUGUCGACAGGGAGACAAGUUUGUCUGGGCAGUGGUGUACCCAGUCCUGCAGAAGUUGCCUUAGUUACUACAUUUGUGUAUUUGUAUCCUUACUGGCUUUGCAAUAAUGUUUGAACAUAGACAGACUUACCCUGAGUUUACUUCACAGUGUGCAAACAUCUCCAGAAACUCUCCUGGUAGUGGUUGGAUUUCUCAAAUUAACAAUUUUUUUGGCUUCAUUUGACAAAGUGAGCGUGAGUAAGGAGACAGCAAGCUGCUGUGGAGGUGUGAGGGCAGUGACCAGUGGUCCCAGUACACACAGGAGCUGGUCUGCACUGAGCACCUUCUCCAGUCUCUGAAUCGGCAUCAAGAGGAAUUUCAGUUGCAUACAACUUCAGUCUAACUUUAAGCAGCAGUUAAUAAUAAGGUGAAAUUCUCUUUAACCCUUAAAACCAAACAGAUAAUGUCAAAAUGAGGUGGUGUUUAAACUGAAGUUCUCUUUUUGACUUGUUUUGUUGUUUACUGCAGAUAAUAGAUAUGGGGUUUUCACUGGGUAAUUUCGAGAGUCAUCAAGCUGUUGAUGAGGCAACACAUUUUGUGCAGGAGUCAUGGACAAGAAAACUUUUACAUGUUUUCAGUAGCAGGUGUUGAUUUGGCUCCACACUGUUCGACUGGGUUACUGUCAUGUUCAGCUCCACCCUGGUUGUCUGCUGCUACCAAACUUAAACGAGCAUCUGGUUUUGUUUCAUUUUAAGAGCUUGGGUAAUGAGACAGCAGGCUAGAUUAGCAUCAAGUCUGCAGGCUGGUUUGACUUGUCCUACAUGUGCUCUCCAUGCCAAAUCACACAACACUGUCUGUACGGUAGCCUCGCCCCGACUGGAUCACUUUGCUCCCUGUUGAGAUCACAAUGAAUCAGUCAUCAUUCUUUGUUUACAUUGUGCAUCAGCAUCUCGUCUUUAUUUUGUUUUGUUUUGGUUUUUUUUACAUCUGUUCACACUGAAAUAAAAUUGCAUUAAAGCGCCCAUCUGACAUGUUUAUCCAGAAUGACUUCAAAUAAAAGUGACUUCAUUGAGACUUUUCACUGAUUGUGAAUACAAAACCUGCACAUUAUGUGUUUUAAAUAUACUUUUUACAGCACCCCUCUGAGAAUAGUGAAGCCUGAAUACAGUUUUUUACUCAUUGUGACUUUAUCUACUCAGCCAAAACACAUUCCAAGUUACAGUACUUUUGGCUCAGCUGAGUGGGACAACUCUUCAGAUUCUUUUAUUUUUUUAGCACCAUUAAGUAUAAAAUGUUGGCUCUUCAAGUUUUGGUCUUUUCAUGAGAUUACUUGCUAAGAGAAAUACACCACUACCCUAAUCAUUUAAAGAGCAUCCUUCACAUGAGUUUAUUCCUCCCUGGUUCAGAGGAUAGUGUUGGUCUGGAGCUCUGCCAAGUAGUAGAAGUGUCUGACUGGGUUUUUGGGUUGGAACCAUGAGAGGUGACGGCAUCAGCUUCCCUCACCCUCCCUUUAUUCAACUCAUUAAAAAAAAACAAUACCCUCUUUGGCUUAUGUAUUUCACUGCACUCAGCCUCCCUCUCUCUCUUCAUCUCUCCUGGUUAUUAUCUGUUGGCGUUCCAGCUGCUGCGAGUGAGACCACUAAACUGGCCUGUGAGACAGGCCUCAGGCUGCUUCAUCACUCUGAGCGAGCUCAGCUUCACAGAACUAAACUGCACAGUGUGCGUGCGUGAUUAGUGUGUACAUGAUUACAGACAUCGUUUAUA